GCUGUCAAAUAAAAUAUAUGUAAAGUUUAAUUGAUUACAUGAAUAUUUUGAUCAAGCUUGACGUUCGACAAAUAAGAGCGCUUCCAUCGCGCAAUCCACUCCUUUCAAGUGACGUGGCUCGAAUGACGGGCACACGUCUUGUGGAUUUUUUAAUAUAAGGUAGUGCCGCAUGUGAAGUUAAUAAAAUAAUGAUUUAACUGUGUCGAGUAGAAAGUGAAAAUUAUCAUAAUUUUUACUAUAUAGUUUCCAGUGUCUCUGAAGUAGAAGAAUCACUUUUUUGGCGUUAUGACGACUUACGAAGAAUUUAUACAGCAAAAUGAGGAUAGGGAUGGAGUUCGUUUCACAUGGAAUGUGUGGCCCUCCUCUCGGAUUGAAGCUACUAGGCUCGUUGUUCCUCUAGGAACACUUUACCAGCCUAUCAAGGAACGUCUUGAUCUUCCUUCUAUACAAUAUGAUCCUGUUCUGUGUACAAGGCCUGUGUGUAGAGCUAUAUUAAAUCCACUUUGUCAGGUUGAUUAUCGUGCUAAGUUAUGGGUCUGCAACUUCUGUUUUCAACGAAAUCCUUUUCCACCACAGUAUGCAGCCAUUUCAGAACAGCAUCAACCUGCUGAAUUAAUUCCAAUGUUCUCAACGAUAGAGUACACUAUUACGAGAGCACAGUGUCUACCACCAAUCUUUCUACUAGUUGUGGAUACAUGUAUGGAUGAAGAGGAACUCGGUGCCCUGAAGGAUUCCCUUCAGAUGUCUCUAUCACUUCUUCCUCCUAAUGCUCUCAUCGGCCUCAUAACAUUUGGAAAAAUGGUUCAAGUUCAUGAAUUAGGUUGCGAAGGAUGUAGUAAGAGUUAUGUAUUUCGUGGAACUAAGGAUCUUCAACCAAAACAAGUUCAAGACAUGUUAGGUAUUGGUAGGCCAGUGCCUGGACAAAAUCCCAAUCAACAGAGAGGUCCUGGUGGACAACCUCUGCCUCCGGCCAACCGGUUCCUUCAACCAGUUCACAAAUGUGACAUGAGUUUAACGGAUUUAUUAGGCGAAUUACAACGUGAUCCGUGGCCAGUUGCUCCCGGAAAGCGACCGCUGAGAUCAACCGGAGUUGCACUAGCUGUCGCGACUGGUCUUCUGGAAGCCAGUUAUGCUAACACCGGAGCCAGAAUCAUGCUGUUCGUCGGUGGACCAUGUUCUCAAGGUCCCGGUCAGGUUGUCACAGAUGAUCUCCGUCAGCCUAUAAGGUCUCACCACGACAUCCACAAGGACAAUGCUAAGCAUAUGAAAAAAGCUACUAAACAUUACGACAGUCUAGCUUCACGAGCUGCUGUGAAUGGUCACAUAGUUGAUAUCUACUCCUGCGCUCUAGACCAGACUGGUCUCCUAGAAAUGCGUCAGUGCUGCAACUCGACCGGUGGCCACAUGGUCAUGGGUGAUUCCUUCAAUUCAUCCCUCUUCAAACAGACGUUCCAGCGUGUCUUCACGAAGGAUCCUAAGGGCGAUUUGAAGAUGGCCUUCAACGCAACACUGGAGGUUAAAACCUCACGGGAAAUCAAGGUUUCUGGAGCUAUAGGUCCUUGUGUAUCGCAUGGUGUCAAAGGACCAAGUGUUGGCGAACAGGAAGUUGGUCUUGGUGGCACCUGCCAAUGGAAAUUCUGUUCUCUGACACCCUCAACCACAACAGCACUCUUCUUCGAGGUUGUCAAUCAGCAUGCAGCACCCAUUCCUCAGGGUGGUCGAGGAUGUAUUCAGUUCAUCACUCAGUAUCAGCACAGCAGUGGUCAACGAAGAAUCAGAGUUACUACAGUGGCGAGAAACUGGGCCGAUGCAUCUACAUCCCUGCACCAUGUAAGUGCAGGAUUCGAUCAGGAAGCAGCUGCAGUUUUGAUGUCACGUAUGGCAGUAUUCAGAGCAGAAAGUGACGAUGGUCCAGACGUCCUGAGAUGGGUAGACAGAAUGCUCAUACGACUUUGUCAAAAGUUUGGCGAGUAUGCAAAGGAUGAUCCCAAUAGUUUUAGACUGGCAGAGAAUUUCUCUUUAUACCCACAGUUCAUGUAUCACCUUCGGAGAUCACAAUUCUUGCAAGUUUUCAAUAACUCGCCGGAUGAGACAAGUUUCUACAGGCAUAUGCUAAUGCGAGAGGAUCUAACAAACUCAUUGAUAAUGGUGCAGCCAAUUCUAUACAGUUAUGGAUUUGGUGGACCACCAGAACCAGUACUACUGGAUACAUCGUCCAUCCAACCGGAUAGAAUUUUACUAAUGGACACGUUCUUCCAGAUACUCAUUUUCCACGGAGAGACAAUAGCUCAGUGGCGUAAGCUAAAAUACCAAGAACUUCCGGAAUAUGAAAACUUCCGUCAACUACUAGCUGCUCCUGUCGACGAUGCUGCUGAGAUUCUCGCGGGCCGAUUUCCGGCUCCGAGAUAUAUUGAUACUGAGCAAGGCGGUUCACAAGCCAGAUUUCUUUUGAGCAAAGUCAAUCCAAGUCAGACGCACAAUAAUAUGUAUGCCUACGGAGCGGGAAUGCCGAUGCCCAGUGGGGAGAGCGGAGCACCUGUCCUGACUGAUGACGUCAGUCUUCAGGUAUUCAUGGAGCAUCUGAAGAAAUUGGCUGUAUCAUCAACAGCUUAGAAUCUUAAGUAAUUAGGAAUAACGUAUAACAAUAUUAUCCCUUUUAUAUAUUAUACAAAUACAGAUUGUAAUUAAUAACUGUAGGAAAGUGCGUGUAUUAUGUAUAUUUAAUCAGGGCAAUGAGACAGCUCUACUGAUUGCAAUGUACCACAAUGCAUUUUUUUUUCGUCGACGUUGAGCACGAGCUCAGCACGAACAAAAUAUAAAUUGGUUAUGAAGAAUUAUAAAGAUUCUCUGGAUUAGGUGGGUAUGGUUAUAGCACAACCUCCUAUAUUCCACUAGUAAUACGUGAACUUAGGGAACAAGAAAAAGUGAUGGGAACGUUAAAAAUAAAUAGUAAAAGAAAACUUGGA